UUCCUGAGCUGCGUACUCCACAGCCAGGAGAAACUGCCUGCUGAGUGCUACAAAGCAAGAGCAGUUUCCGGCUCCAGCUUCAAAAGAACAAACACUCAAAACAAAGGAAGUGGUCCUCAACUGCAGGAAGCAGGAAGCUGUAGCUGCUGAGUCCUAGGCUGAAGCCCGGGGACAGUGGGAUGGAGUCCGUGGCCCUGUAUAGCUUCCAGGCCACUGAGAGUGACGAGCUGGCCUUCAACAAGGGGGACACGCUCAAGAUCCUGAACAUGGAAGAUGACCAGAACUGGUACAAGGCAGAGCUCCGAGGAGCUGAGGGUUUCGUUCCCAAGAACUACAUCCGUGUGAAGCCACACCCGUGGUACUCGGGCAGGAUUUCUCGGCAGCUGGCUGAAGAAACUCUGAUGAAACGCAACCACCUGGGAGCCUUCCUGAUCCGGGAGAGUGAGAGCUCCCCUGGCGAGUUCUCUGUCUCUGUGAAUUAUGGCGACCAGGUGCAGCACUUCAAGGUGCUUAGAGAGGCCUCAGGGAAGUACUUCCUGUGGGAAGAGAAGUUCAACUCCCUCAACGAGCUGGUCGACUUCUACCGAACCACCACCAUCGCCAAGAGGAGGCAGAUCUUCCUGUGUGAUGAGCAGCCGCUGCUCAAGCCACCCCGGGCCUGCUUUGCCCAGGCGCAGUUUGACUUCUCGGCACAGGACCCAUCUCAGCUCAGCCUCCGCAGAGGCGACAUCGUGGAGGUCGUGGAGUGUGAGGAUCCACACUGGUGGCGGGGCCGGGCCGGCGGGCACCUGGGCUUCUUCCCACGCAGUUACGUGCAACCGGUACACCUGUGACCCCACAAGACCAGAGGAGUGAUGCUCCGGCCUCAGCUUCUUCACACUAAGCAGGACCAAUGUUGGUCACCACCAGGCUGGGAGCCCAAGCUUCCGUCCUGACUGCUUCCCAUUGGUCUCUGGGUUCGUGAUGUCACCCAUCCGCCACUGACAGAGGCCUAUCCUCUCCAGAGUUGAGGACCAACUGCUAAUGGCUAGGGCCCAGCUCAGAGAGUAUUCUCUUGA